AUGACUCAAACCAAAGUCGCUCCAGCCUCUACCACCACCCUGAAGCGGUUCCCUCAUAUCCAUGAUGACCCUGCUACCCUUCCCCGGUCCUUGGACCCCUUCACCAUCACGACCUCCACUGGCUUUCUACCCUACUGCACCUCUCCUGCUACGCUGCCCAAUGUCUUUCAACCAUUAAUGACCUUGCUGGACCGUAUGCCUGUCGUCAAGGAGGAUGGCACUCCCGGUCUGCUGGCCAAGUAUGAACUGGGCCCUGCUGUCGAGACUGAGCUUCCUGACCUCACUGACGAGGUCGACAAGCUCGUCACUGCCGAUGGCUCCCCGGACCUUUACACCGUCACUGCAGUGUUCAGGGACUACUCUUUUCUAGCUUCGGCCUAUCUGCUUGAGCCAUGCUGGGAGAACUGGUGCAAGGCCCCUGAGAACGGGUAUGGGCUGGGACGGGACAAGCUGCCCAAGGCUGUUGCCCGUCCCAUGUACCGCUGUGCUCAGUUGCUGGACAUCCCUCCAUUCAUGUCCUAUGCUGCUGCUUAUUCGCUCUUCAACUACCAUCUUGCGGACCCAUCUAAGGGCUUGGUGUAUGACAACCUCCGCCUGGUGAGGGCUUUUGAGCGCGGCCUCGACCCCAAGAGCUCUGAGGCAGGCUUUAUCCUCACUCAUGUCGACAUGGUCAAGGAGUCCAAUGGCCUGAUCAGUGGCGCCCUCAAGGUCGUCGAUACCCUCGAGCAAGGUGGCCCUCGAUCUGUGGUCAACGACGGCUUCCGAGAGAUUCUCGCGUCCAUGGAGAAGAUUGAAGCCUCCAUGGAGGAUAUGUGGGGCAACUCCAAGCCAGCCGAAUACCUCUCCUUCCGUGUCUUCAUCUUCGGAAUCACCUCCCAAUCCAUGUUCCCCAACGGCGUCGUCUACGACGGCGUCCUGGACAACAAGCCACUCUACUUCCGAGGAGAAAGCGGUGCCAACGACAGCAUG